UGUUUUUCCCUGGCAACGGCAGGCUCUUGGCGACGGCGCGGUGGUCUGCCCGGCGUCCUGGCGGAGCUUCCUGGAGGCCGGGAGCCUGCUGCCAUGAAUCCGGUAUCCCUGGGGGUCCUGGAGGAGAAAGAGGAGGAGCACGUAUCCACCCCGAUUCUCGGACCCUCUAUCUAUUCUGACAACCCUCAGGAGCGGAUCCAGGCCCGGCGCCUCCGCAUUGCUGCGCGCCUGGAGGCCCGGAGGCGGGAAGCGCUUGGAGAAUAUUUAGACGGGAAAAAGGAGAGUGAGGAAGACCAGAGCAAGAGCUACAAACAGAAAGAAGAAAGCAGACUGAAAUUGGCUAAACUUCUGCUCUGUGGCACUGAACUGGUAACAAAUAUCCGGGUGGCGACAGAUAUCCGAGAGAUCCACAGGAGAGUAGAAGAAGAGGAGAUAAAGCGUCAGAGACUUGAGAAGCUGGAGAAUGAAGUCAAGACCAGCCAGGACAAGUUUGAUGAAAUUACCGUCAAGUGGGAGGAGGGCAAGAAAAAGAGAAUUCCCCAGGACCUGUGGGAAAUGCUCAACAACCAGCAGCUUCACUGUGCCGGGCUGAUCGAAGAUAAGAACAAGCUUAUCAGCGAGUUACAGCAGGAGUUAAAAACAAAGGAUGACCAGUAUGUGAAGGAUUUGAAGAAACAGGCAGACGACAUCUGCCUGCUCCUGGAGAGGAUGGAGGAACAAGUGAAGAAUGUGAUGAAGAGCUUUCGCCAGGAGCUGCAACACAUUGAGAAAGCAUUUGAGAUGGAACGACAGGAGCUACUGGCGAGUAAUAAGAGGAAAUGGGAGCGGGCCCUGCAGGUUCACAAUGCUAAAGAGCUGGAGUAUCUUAUGAACCGCAUUAAGAAAGUAGAGGAAUAUGAGAAGCAGCUCAACAAGCAGAUGAUAUGGGAUUGUGAAGAGUACAACAUGAUCAAGAUCAAGCUGGAGCACGACGUGCAGAUUCUUGAGCAACAGCUUCAGCAGAUGAAAGCAACUUACCAGCUAAACCAAGAGAAGUUAGAGUACAACUUCCAGGUCCUAAAGAAGAGAGAUGAAGAGAGCACAGUGAUUAAAUCCCAGCAGAAGAGGAAGAUCAAUCGCCUGCAUGAUGUACUUAACAAUCUGAGAUCAAAAUAUGCCAGGCAGAUAAAGCAGUUUCAGGAGGACAACCAGUCACUGACCUCAGACUACAAACGCCUCGUGAUGCAAUUCAAGGAGCUACAGAAAGCCAUGAGGCAUUUUGCUCUUAUUAAUGACAAGAAGUUUCGGGAGAUUUGGCUGAUGAAUGAAGAGGAAGCAAAGGAUCUGAUAGACAAAGGCUUCAGUGUAGACAGAAUCAUCCAUACCCAUCAUCUGGGGCUUCCCUGGACAGAGCCUGAUUUCUGGUUCCUGAACAAUGUGGGGCCUAUUUCUCAGCAGCAGCAGAAGUCCGCCACACAAAUAGUAGAAGAGGUGCUGAUGCAAACAGAAGAGGAGGGCGCAGAGGAGGCCGCCUCAGAGCCAGAGUCUUACCUGGACCUCCCGCAGCGCGUCUCAGCGAAAACCACCAGGAAGAUCCUGACGCUCCUGUGUGAUGAGUCGGGUUUCCUCAUAGAGAGCAAGCUGCUGAGCAUUCUCCUCCCCCUGGAGAAGAAUGAAUGCUGUCUGCUGAAGUUGGACGCCAUCUUCUCAGCCCUUGGAAUUGAAAAUGAGGAUGACUUGUAUAAACUGGUGAACUUCUUCCUCAAGUACCGAGCUCAGCGAUUACCCUCUAGCCAGAGUUCCCCCUGCACCUUUCCGGAUCUGUCCCCUCUGCAGGAACGAGCAAGCAUCGUGGCAGCCCCGGAACCGGCAGAGCUGCUUGUCCUUGGAGAAGGAAAGGAGGAAAACCUUCCCCUGGAAGGAGAGGAGGAAAACCUUCCCGAGGGGGAGGAGGAAAAGGAAGAGGAGGUCCCACCUUCUCCCAGGCUCAUCCACCCCAACGAUGUCCUCAAGGCUCUGGAGGCGUUCGUCAUGGGACUGAAGAAAGCCCAGGUGGCCUCCCGGCUGCCAAUGAAGUUGCUGAAGGAAGGGCGGGAUAACUCCAAGGACUCGGAGUACUGGGCAGCGCUGGCCACGGUGAUCCCGCCCGCCAAGCAAAGCCUCUGGGAUGCCCUGUACACAGCCUUGGAGAAGUACCACCUUGUCCUGACCCAGAGGGCCCAGCUGCUGACGGGAAACAGUUCUCUGGAGCAGCAAAACAUGGAACUCCAGCUGCUGCUGCAACAGUACCUGGAUUCCAAGAUAAACUCUGAACUGCAAGUUCCUCCGACUCAGGUGUUCCGGAUGCCCACAAAAUAGAGCCAGGCCCCAGAAGGCUGCUGCGGCAGGGCUGGGGCUGGCAUGUGUCCCUGAUUUUUAGAGGGCCUCUCAAAAUAAGGCAGCAGGAGUUGCUGAGAUGCUGCAAAUUAUGAUUAAAGCCUUUUAAAAGUUG